UCUUCACACAAGAUGGCGGCUCCCAGGGAGGAGGCAUGAGCGCCCUGCCGUUACCGCUCCUCCUGCCGUACAGUUGCUACUUCGGGGCCUAACUCUGGCUCUUUGGAGCGGCUCCGGUGGGAAGGAGUCAUAAGGAGCGAAGCCAGGAUCGGACACUGCCUUGCGUUUGGUUUGCAGUGGAAGAACUGACCCAGGAGGAAGAGAAUAGGGGGGAAGGGGGAUCUAGUCUCAAGAUGGCGGCUCCCAGGGCGGCAGGCGCAGCCUGAGCAGCAGAGGCGGACUAAGGGGAGAGGUUCGAGACCUCACGAGCUGUACGGCGCGAGCCUCCGAGCAGCCCCGGAGAAUUGGAGCUCGUUCCACUGGCCUCCGGCGCGCCUCUAUUUCUUACGAGUGUCGAAGCUGUCUUGGGACCGGCGGCUGCACUAAGCGCUGGGCGGGGAAGCGGGACGGUCUCAAGAUGGCGGCUCCCACAAUUGUGGUCUGAGCGCCGGCAGGGCUGGGACAACCGCGGCGCUUGUGGCUCCUUUCCACCCGCCCCGGAAGCCGGCCAGUGCAGGGGACUUGGGGGGUGUGGGAACCGGGCCGGGGCUCCGCCAUUUCCGGCGGGGUAGGGCUACGACUGAGGAAGGGAGGAGAGAGAGGCGGCUCAAGAUGGCGGCUCCCAGGGCCUCCCGCCCGAGCUUGUAAGCGGGAGCGUCCGGGCAAGUAGUCAGGACGGCGGGACUCGACGGCCUCUAGCUUCUCGGGCCUAGGCGCUCGACGGCUUCGCGAGGCUCUUGAGGACACGGGGUGAGCGAAAAAAAGGGAAAGAGCCAAAGGGAAGGAGGAUAGUUAAGAUGGCGGCCUCCAUGGAGCCGUCCACCGCUGUGUGAGGAACCGCUUCUCCGUGAGAGCUGCCUUAGACGAAAGGGGGUGUGUGCGAGAGGAAUUGGGGGUCCCCUUCCCGCUUGGUGACUUUUUUCUACCGCGCCCUUUCCCGGAACCAUGGCUUCGGCCGUGUCGCCCGCCAACUCGCCAGCGGUGCUCCUGCAGCCUCGCUGGAAGCGAGUGGUGGGCUGGUCGGGUCCAGUGCCCCGGCCCCGCCACGGCCACCGCGCCGUGGCUAUCAAGGAGCUCAUCGUGGUGUUCGGCGGCGGCAACGAGGGGAUAGUGGACGAACUGCACGUGUACAACACGGCAACUAACCAGUGGUUCAUCCCGGCCGUGAGAGGGGACAUCCCUCCUGGGUGUGCAGCCUAUGGCUUUGUGUGCGACGGGACUCGCCUCCUGGUGUUUGGUGGGAUGGUGGAGUAUGGGAAAUACAGCAAUGACCUCUAUGAGCUCCAGGCAAGCAGGUGGGAGUGGAAGAGACUCAAAGCAAAGACACCCAAAAACGGGCCCCCUCCAUGUCCUCGGCUUGGGCACAGCUUCUCCCUUGUGGGUAACAAAUGCUACCUGUUUGGGGGUCUGGCCAACGAUAGCGAGGAUCCCAAGAACAACAUUCCCAGGUACCUGAAUGACUUAUACAUCCUGGAAUUGCGGCCAGGCUCUGGAGUGGUAGCCUGGGACAUCCCCAUCACUUACGGUGUCCUGCCCCCACCCCGGGAGUCACAUACUGCCGUGGUCUACACUGAGAAAGACAACAAGAAGUCCAAGCUGGUGAUCUACGGGGGAAUGAGUGGCUGCAGGCUGGGGGACCUCUGGACCCUGGAUAUUGAGACUCUGACAUGGAAUAAGCCCAGUCUCAGCGGGGUGGCGCCACUUCCUCGAAGUCUCCACUCGGCCACGACCAUAGGAAACAAAAUGUACGUGUUUGGUGGCUGGGUGCCUCUCGUCAUGGAUGACGUCAAAGUGGCCACACACGAGAAGGAGUGGAAGUGUACCAACACACUGGCUUGUCUCAACCUGGAUACCAUGGCCUGGGAGACCAUCCUGAUGGACACACUGGAGGACAAUAUUCCCCGGGCCCGAGCUGGCCACUGCGCUGUAGCAAUCAACACCCGCCUGUACAUUUGGAGUGGGCGCGAUGGCUACCGAAAGGCCUGGAACAACCAGGUCUGCUGCAAGGACCUCUGGUACCUGGAAACAGAAAAGCCACCACCCCCGGCCCGGGUACAGCUGGUGCGAGCCAACACCAACUCCCUGGAGGUGAGCUGGGGGGCAGUGGCAACAGCCGACAGUUACCUUCUGCAGCUCCAGAAAUAUGACAUUCCUGCCACGGCUGCUACUGCCACCUCCCCCACACCCAAUCCAGUCCCGUCUGUGCCUACCAACCCUCCCAAGAGCCCUGCCCCGGCAGCAGCCGCACCUGCCGUGCAGCCGCUGACCCAAGUAGGCAUCACGCUCCUGCCCCAGGCUGCCGCCGCGCCCCCGACCACCACCACCAUCCAGGUCUUGCCGACAGUGCCUGGCAGCUCGAUUUCCGUGCCCACCGCAGCCAGGACUCAAGGUGUCCCUGCUGUUCUCAAAGUGACUGGUCCUCAGGCUACCACAGGAACCCCAUUAGUCACCAUGCGACCUGCGAGCCAGGCUGGGAAAGCGCCCGUCACCGUGACCUCCCUACCUGCAGGCGUGCGAAUGGUCGUGCCGACGCAGAGCGCCCAGGGGACGGUGAUCGGCAGCAGCCCGCAGAUGAGUGGGAUGGCUGCACUGGCGGCCGCAGCCGCCGCCACCCAAAAGAUCCCUCCUUCUUCGGCGCCCACAGUGCUGAGUGUCCCAGCGGGCACCACCAUCGUCAAAACUGUGGCUGUGACACCUGGCACUACCACUCUCCCAGCCACUGUGAAGGUGGCCUCCUCACCAGUCAUGGUGAGCAACCCAGCCACUCGCAUGCUGAAGACCGCAGCUGCCCAGGUGGGGACAUCUGUCUCCUCCGCUGCCAACACGUCUACCCGCCCCAUCAUCACGGUGCACAAGUCGGGGACUGUGACAGUGGCCCAGCAAGCCCAGGUGGUGACCACGGUGGUGGGUGGGGUCACCAAGACCAUCACCCUGGUGAAGAGCCCCAUCUCCGUCCCAGGAGGCAGUGCUCUGAUUUCCAACCUGGGCAAAGUGAUGUCAGUGGUCCAGACUAAACCAGUGCAGACUUCGGCAGUCACAGGCCAGGCGUCUACGGGCCCGGUGACUCAGAUCAUCCAGACCAAAGGGCCCCUGCCAGCCGGGACCAUUCUCAAGCUGGUGACCUCAGCAGAUGGCAAGCCCACUACCAUCAUCACUACCACGCAGGCCAGUGGGGCCGGUACUAAACCCACCAUCCUGGGCAUCAGCAGUGUGUCCCCCAGCACUACGAAGCCUGGCACAACGACCAUCAUCAAGACUAUCCCCAUGUCGGCCAUCAUCACGCAGGCGGGCGCCACAGGUGUGACCAGCAGCCCUGGCAUCAAGUCCCCCAUCACCAUCAUCACCACCAAGGUUAUGACUUCAGGGACUGGAGCGCCUGCCAAAAUCAUCACUGCUGUCCCCAAAAUUGCAACUGGCCAUGGGCAGCAAGGAGUGACCCAGGUGGUGCUAAAGGGGGCCCCUGGACAGCCAGGUACCAUCCUCCGCACUGUGCCCAUGGGGGGCGUUCGUCUGGUCACCCCCGUCACUGUCUCCGCCGUCAAACCGGCUGUUACCACAUUGGUUGUGAAGGGUACCACAGGUGUCACAACGUUAGGCACGGUGACAGGCACCGUUUCCACCAGCCUUGCUGGAGCUGGGGGCCACAGCACCAGCGCCUCCCUGGCCACACCUAUCACCACCUUGGGCACUAUCGCCACCCUCUCAAGCCAGGUGAUCAACCCCACUGCCAUCACUGUGUCAGCCGCGCAGACCACGCUGACGGCGGCCAGCGGGCUCACCACCCCCACCAUCACCAUGCAGCCUGUCUCCCAGCCUACCCAGGUGACUCUGAUCACAGCACCCAGUGGGGUUGAGGCCCAGCCUGUGCAUGACCUCCCUGUGUCCAUCCUGGCCUCGCCUACUACAGAACAGCCCACGGCUACAGUUACCAUUGCUGACUCAGGCCAGGGUGAUGUGCAGCCUGGCACCGUGACGCUGGUGUGCUCCAACCCGCCGUGCGAGACCCAUGAGACGGGCACUACCAACACAGCCACCACCACUGUUGUGGCUAACCUCGGGGGGCACUCCCAGCCCGCCCAGGUGCAGUUUGUCUGUGACAGACAAGAGGCAGCUGCUUCUCUCGUGACCUCACCAGUGGGGCAGCAGAAUGGCAGCGUGGUUCGCGUCUGCUCGAACCCGCCGUGCGAGACCCAUGAGACAGGCACCACCAGCACCGCCACCACCGCCACCUCCAACAUGGCGGGGCAGCACGGCUGCUCGAACCCGCCUUGCGAGACCCACGAGACAGGCACCACCAGCACCGCCACCACCGCCAUGUCAACCAUCGGCACCGUCCAGCAGCGAGAUGCCCGGCACGCCUAUGUGGCCAGCACUGCUCCUGCUGUGGUCCGGGUCAGCCUGGCUGCUGGGGCGUCACAGGGAGCCCAGGGUUCUGUCAAGCCCUCGUGCCAAACCUGCCAGACCAGCGCAACCAGCACCACCAUGACUGUGAUGGCCACCAGUGCCCCGCUCCUUGGGCCAAGCCUGGUGCUGGAGGCUGGCGGCCACAGCACCACUUUUGUGCAGUUGGCCCCUGUGAGCAGCCAAGUCAGGCCCAGCGGCCUUGGCGGCAAGGACAGCCCCAUAGCUGGCCUAGGUCAGCUGGUGUCUGCAGGGCACCAGCUGGAGGCACAUCACACCCACACAACCAACACACCCACCACAGCCCGCUCCACCAUGGGUGCCGCAGAGCUCGGUGAGGCACAGGGAACCCUCAUACCUGCGUACGAGAGCUCAUCUGGUGCCGCUGUGACUGUGACAGCCCUGGAGGCAUUGCUGUGCCCUUCGGCCACCGUGGUCCAAGUCUGCUCCAACCCACCAUGUGAGACCCAUGAGACGGGCACCACCAACACAGCCACUACCUCGAGCGCAGGCAGUGCCCAGCGGGUCUGCUCCAAUCCGCCAUGCGAGACCCACGAGACGGGCACCACCCAUACACCUACCACCGCCACCUCCAGCGGGGCUGCGGGCCAGCCUGAGGGUGGGCAGCAGCCCCCUGCUGGCCACCCCUGUGAGACACACCAGACCACUUCCACUGGUACCACCAUGUCGGUCAGCGUAGGAGCCCUGCUCCCUGCCACCACUCCCUCCCCCAGGACCCUGGAGUCCACCUUGGAGGUGGCAGCACCACCCACGGUUACCCCCCAGGCCGGCGUUUCGUUACUGGCUCCUUUCCCGACACAGAGGGUGUGCUCCAAUCCCCCCUGUGAGACACACGAGACAGGCACCACGCACACGGCCACCACUGUCACCUCCAACAUGAGCUCAAACCAAGAUCCCCCACCAGCUACCAGCGACCAGGGAGAGGUGGAGAGCACCCAGAGUGACAGUGUGAACCUCACCAGCUCCAGUGCCAUCACGACCACUGUGUCUUCCACGCUAACGCGGGCUGUGACCACUGUGACACAGUCCACGCCGGUCCCUGGCCCCUCGGUGCCGAAGAUCUCAUCAAUGACUGAGACUACCCCAGGGGCUCUGACCACCGAAGUCCCCAUUCCGGCCACGAUAACAGUGACCAUAGCCAACACAGAAACUUCUGACAUGCCCUUCUCUGCUGUUGACAUCCUGCAGCCCCCAGAGGAACUCCAGGCCUCACCAGGGCCUCGCCAGCAGCUGCCGCCACGGCAACUCCUGCAGCCCGCCUCCACACCCCUGAUGGGGGAGUCCACCGAGGUCCUGUCAGCCUCCCAGACCCCUGAGCUCCAGGCCGCCGUGGAUCUGAGCAGUACAGGGGACUCAUCUUCAGGCCAGGAGCCUGCCAGUUCAGCUGUGGUAGCCACUGUGGUGGUCCAGCCACCCCCGCCCACACAGUCUGAAGUAGACCAGUUGUCACUUCCCCAAGAGCUGAUGGCUGAGGCCCAGGCGGGCACCACCACCCUCAUGGUAACAGGGCUCACCCCUGAGGAGUUGGCAGUGACUGCUGCUGCUGAAGCAGCUGCCCAGGCCGCAGCCACAGAGGAAGCCCAGGCCCUGGCCAUCCAGGCAGUGCUCCAGGCCGCCCAGCAGGCUGUCAUGGCAGGCACUGGAGAACCCAUGGACACGUCCGAGGCAGCAGCAGCCGUGACACAGGCAGAGCUGGGCCACUUGUCAGCCGAGGGCCAGGAGGGCCAGGCCACCACCAUCCCCAUCGUGCUGACACAGCAGGAGCUGGCUGCCCUGGUGCAGCAGCAGCAGCAGCUGCAGGAGGCGCAGGCCCAGCAGCAGCACCAUCACCUCCCCACCGAGGCCCUGGCCCCUGCCGACAGCCUCAAUGACCCGACUAUUGAGAGCAACUGCCUCAACGAGCUGGCCGGGGCUGUUCCCAGCACUGUGGCCCUGCUACCCUCCACAGCCACUGAGAGCCUGGCCCCUUCCAACACAUUUGUGGCUCCCCAGCCAGUCGUGGUAGCCAGCCCUGCGAAGCUGCAGGCUGCAGCUACCCUCACUGAAGUGGCUAACGGCAUCGAGUCCCUGGGCGUGAAGCCGGACCUACCACCUCCACCCAGCAAAGCCCCUGUGAAGAAGGAGAAUCAGUGGUUUGAUGUGGGGGUCAUUAAGGGCACCAACGUAAUGGUGACACACUAUUUCCUUCCACCAGAUGAUGCUGUCCCAUCUGAUGAUGACUCGGGCACUGUCCCAGACUAUAACCAGCUAAAGAAGCAGGAGCUGCAGCCGGGCACAGCCUAUAAGUUUCGUGUUGCCGGGAUCAAUGCCUGUGGCCGAGGGCCCUUCAGCGAGAUCUCAGCCUUUAAGACGUGUCUGCCUGGUUUCCCAGGGGCCCCCUGUGCUAUUAAAAUCAGCAAAAGUCCGGAUGGUGCUCACCUCACCUGGGAGCCGCCCUCUGUGACCUCGGGCAAGAUCAUUGAGUACUCCGUGUACCUGGCCAUACAGAGCUCACAGGCCGGUGGUGAGCCCAAGAGCUCCACCCCGGCUCAGCUGGCCUUCAUGCGGGUGUACUGCGGGCCCAGCCCGUCCUGCCUCGUGCAGUCCUCCAGCCUCUCCAACGCCCACAUCGACUACACCACCAAGCCUGCCAUCAUAUUCCGCAUUGCUGCCCGCAACGAGAAGGGCUACGGCCCAGCCACCCAAGUGAGGUGGUUGCAAGAAACCAGUAAAGACAGCUCUGGCGCCAAACCGGCCAGCAAGCGGCCCAUGUCCUCUCCGGAAAUGAAAUCCGCUCCAAAGAAAUCUAAGGCAGACGGUCAGUGAGAGGCAACUGCCCCGCGCCUGGAUGCUUCUCCAGACACCCCUUCUGCUUCAGGAACGCCACCUGCCAGGGCCCGCCCGUCCCACCCACUCGGCGCUCACACUUCACCCUCACGAGCCACUGGCCGCCAUUCAUUCUCUCCCUCUCUGUUUUUAAAAUUAUCUCAAGAAAGCACAUUUUACCAUUGCUGUUGGGGGGAAGUGGAAGGCAGAGCUGGAAGAGCAGUGAGCAAGUGAGAGCAAUGCGCCUUCCUCCCCCACCCGCCCCUCCCCCGCCAGCGCCUUCCCCUGAGAGCUGAGCAAGCCCAGAGAAUUCAGAGGCCCUCAAGGGAGAGAACUAGAAACCUAAAAGGAAGGAGACGGCAUAGAAGGAAGGAGACGGAAUGCAUGCACCCCCAAAACCUGCACACCUCUUGCUGUUUGUCACCCUUGGCUCGAGGGGGCAGCCAAGGGCUGGGGGGUGCAGGCAUGGAAGCUGAGGAAAGGCGCCGCCCACUCAUGCCCCUGCCCCGCCUGCUGCCACAGGCUUUGUGGGGCACCCCAAGCUGGGUGUCUGGCUGGUUGUAUUUUAUUUUGUUACCUUCGCAUUUUCUGCCACCUAACGGCGGCCCCCCUUUGGCUUACCCAACCCUGUCUUUGCCGGCGAUCCCACAGGAAGCUUACACGUUUUCUCAGAGGCCUUCGUACUCCCACCUCUUCUCGCCUUCCCUCUUCUUUCCCAUUUAAAAAAAGAGAAGAAAGAAAGAAAAAGAAAAGGGGCGAAGAAGGAGCCCCAUGGUGGCCUGAGCAGUGUUCUGUGAAAACCUCCCAACUCCCAGUGGGGCCUAGAGUAGCCCCCGAGCCUGGCCUCGGCCCCCCCCGGGUCGGGCUGGGGCCACAUCGCCAACUGCUGCAUUGGUUGUAUUGUUUUCAGUUGAAAUUGAUGAAGUUAACAUUUUUAUUGUAAUUUUAGCCUUAGUGUGUGGGGUUUUGUCCCUUUUUUUUUGUUGUUAGCUGUGUACAGAAUGUGUAUCUUUUUUUUUUUUUUUUUUUUUUUUUUACUUUUUUCUCCUUGGCUAAGCCUUCGCAGGGAUCUUUCUGGAGGAAAAGCCCUGGGAGCAGCUGGGGCAGGAGAGGCGGGGAAUCUCCCCUGUAGGCCUUGUGUUUGCUGCCCAGCCCGAUUUCCUCUUGCUGGCCCCUGCCCUCUGGGACAAGGGAGGGUGAGCAGUCAGACCUCACUCACAUGGUCUCCACACCUAUAGGAUCGAGCUUGAGAGUCUGCUGGAGCCUGCAGUCGGUCAGGUUUCUGAGGAUGGCUGGGGGUUGGGAGCAGCUGCGUGCCAUCCUCCUGAUCCUGGGUUCCCAGUGCCCUCCAGCACCCCCAGGCUCCCUCCUGGGCACAGCUGGCUUAGAGUGUCUGACUCCUCCACUGCUGCUUCCUGCGGCCGCCACCUCCAGGCAAAGUUGUGAGGAAAGGGGGUUGGGGGAAGUGGGGCUCAGGCAGCCUGGGAAGGAGCCAGCCAAGAGCACUAGCCACCAGCUCUAUGAAUCUGCAGCGCUGUCCCCAGGCUGAGCCCAUCCUCCUAGGGCCAGACUUGGGCUUGGGGCUCUGCUUGGAGUGGCUAAUGAGACAGCUUUCUGCCCCACACCCCAGCUUUAGGCAACCAGCAGGGCUGCAAGCAGGUUACAGAAGGAUUUAAAAGGAGCAGCCAAUCUUUUCAGACCCCACCCUGGAGACAGCUGUGGCCUGGGGCCUCCACAGACACCCCCGCCCCCAACACCACCACCACCACCACCAGCCAGUGGCCUCUGGGCCCCUGGUUUGUUGUAUUCUAGUAGAUUUCGCUGUGGAAAACGUCCCGUUUAGUCACCUUGGAGCCCACUCGCCUGGUCCCAUUGUUGACCCCGGUCCCUUCCCCUGAGUGCCCUUUGAUUUCUCGGUUCUGAGAACAGUACACCCGUCAUCUAUUGUAGAGUAACCCCGUGACUCAAUAUUACCAUAGUGCGAUGUUGUUUUGUGCUAUUUUGAACAAUUAAAAGACUUUUUUUGAAAUAAC